AUGGGCCAAAAGCGAGGACGCGAUCCCAAAGCCCAGGGGGCUGAGGCGAACAAACGCAAGAAGGCAGCGAAAUCCAACGGAGCCUCAAAUGAGGAUAAUCGCCCUAUCGCUAUUGAGGAACUUAACUGGAAAGAAGUUGCAAUGCCAGAUCGAAUGGAAGAUGCAGAAGGUUUCUUCGGACUGGAAGAGAUUGAGGGUGUGGAGAUUAUUAAACAGAGUGGUGGAGAGGUUCAGUUCAAGGCCAAGUCUGGCAAGCCUAGAAAGUCGAUUCUUAAAGCGCCAUCCGAGGAGGAUGGUGAGGAAUGGGCUGGGUUCAGCGACGAAGACUCGUCCGACAAAACUCCUGCCACCGAGGCGACUCCCGCUGCAACUGAAGUGAAGGAAGAUAAGAAGUCGAAGAAAGACAAGAAGAAGGAGCAAAACAAAGCUAAGAAAGAAGAACAAAAGUCCAAGGAACAAAAGCCCAAAGAGCAGAAGCCUAAGGAUUCCAAACCCGCUCAGGACAAGAGCAUCAAGGCCGGGUUAUCUUUCGCGGCUCUCGAUGAUGUUGAAGAAGAUGAUGGAGUGGACGUAUCAGCUUGGGACGGCCUCAACCUUUCACCUGAGACCUUCACAGCACUUUCCAAAAUGAAGUUCAGCUCUCCAUCGGCCAUUCAAAAGGCCAGUAUUCCGGCCAUUCUUGAUGGACACGAUGUCGUUGGAAAGGCAUCUACAGGUUCCGGUAAAACCCUGGCAUUCGGUAUUCCGAUCAUCGAACACUAUUUGGACAAGCGAGGCAGACAGGGAGAACAGUCUGACAAGUCCGACAAGACCAAGACUCCGAUUGCCUUGAUUCUAUCUCCUACCCGUGAGCUGGCGCACCAGCUAGGAAAGCAUCUUGGAGAGCUUAUCGCCAAUUCCCCGGAUACCAAUGCCCGUAUCGCUCUCGUGACUGGUGGUCUGUCCAUUCAGAAGCAGCAGAGACAGCUUGCCACAGCUGAUAUUGUUGUUGGAACCCCUGGCCGUGUGUGGGAGAUUCUCAGCACAGGAACGGGAUUGAUCCGCAAAAUGCAGAAGAUCCAGUUCCUGGUUGUUGACGAGGCGGACAGACUUCUGAGUGAAGGUCAUUUCAAGGAAGUUGAGGACAUCCUCGGUGCACUAGACAAAAAGCAAGCCGGAGAUAUUGCCGAUAUGGAUAAGGAAGAGGACGAGGAAGAAGAGCCAAGCCACAGACAGACUCUUGUCUUCUCGGCCACCUUCCACAAGGAUCUUCAGCAAAAAUUAGCAGGCAAAAGCCGCUGGACCAGUGGUGAUAUGUUGGACAACAAAGAGUCUAUGGAAUAUCUUCUCAAGAAGCUGAACUUCCGCGAAGAGAAGCCCAAGUUCAUUGAUGUGAACCCAGAGUCACAGAUGGCCGUAGGACUCAAGGAAGGAAUUGUUGAAUGUCCUGCUAUGGAAAAGGACCUCUAUCUCUACUCGGUCCUCCUUUACUACCCCAAGCAUCGCACAAUCGUGUUCACAAAUUCCAUCUCCGCCGUCCGCCGCAUCACUCAGCUUUUGCAAUCCCUUCAGCUCCCUGUGUUUGCACUCCACUCGAACAUGGCCCAAAAAGCCCGACUCCGUUCCAUCGAACGUUUCUCAUCUCCUACUGCCAACCCCAGCUCCAUCCUUGUCGCCACCGACGUCGCUGCUCGUGGUUUAGAUAUCAAGGGUAUUAACUGCGUCAUCCACUACCACGUUCCUCGCACAGCAGACGCCUAUGUCCACCGAUCCGGUCGUACUGCCCGUGCUGGUGAGUCCGGAAAGAGUAUUCUCAUCUGUGCCCCAGAAGAGGUUGUCGGCGUUGCCCGUCUCGCUGCGAAGAUCCACUCCAAAAAGGCUAAGAAGGCGGGCGAAUCCGACGCACCUAGCAAGAAACUUCCUCUCGAGUCUCUUGACAUUGAUCGCCGAGUGGUGGCUCGUCUCCGCCCCCGCAUGGGUCUCGCCAAGCGGAUCACCGACUCCACCAUCGCCAAAGAGAAGGUCAACACGGAGGACAACUGGCUUCGCGCUGCGGCCGAUGAUCUCGGUGUGGAGUACGACAGUGAUGAGUUCGAUCAGUCUAAGGGUAGAGGCCGUGGCCGUGGUGGUGGCCGCGAAAGGCGUGACAAGGAGGCUAGCGAGUUGAGCAAGAGCGAGAUGGCCAGCCUUCGUGCAGAGUUGAAACAGCAGCUCUCCCAACGAGUGAACAUCGGUGUCAGCGAGAAGUAUCUUACAGCCGGUCGCAUUGACAUCGAUGCCCUUCUUCGUGGAGAGGGCAACGAUGCAUUCCUGGGCCACCUUGACCCUUUGUCCUUCUAA